AUGAACUGGACUCAUGGCAUUAUUCUUGCAUGUUCUUUGGUGGGCAUCGCUAAGGCUUGGACAUACCACUACUCAAAUGUAACCAUGAACUGGGCCCAGGCCAGGGACUGGUGCCAGACCAAGUUUACAGACAUGGUAGUUAUUCAAAAUCAGCAGGAAAAUGAUUAUCUUGUGUCUGUGCUGCCCCAAAGAAACUCUAGUCCCUACUUCUGGAUUGGAAUCACAAAGACUUACUCAAAUGAGACUUGGAGAUGGAUCGGAGACAACAGCACUUGGAUGAGCGACCAAUCGUGGGCUGAAAAUGAACCCAACAAUAAUCGCAGUACUGAGUUUUGUGUGGAGAUCUACACGAGCAGAGGGCGCAACAGGGGAAAGUGGAACGAUGAGAAGUGUAGCAUGGCCAAGUAUGUUAGCUGCUAUAAAGCUCAAUGCACAAACACCACUUGUGACCGAGGAGAAUGCCAUGAAGUCAUCAACAAUGUAACCUGCCACUGCCAAGCUGGUUUUGAGGGAGAAAGGUGUCAAACUGCGGUGGCCUGUGCCCUGGGGCCUGGUCCUGAUGAUGGGGACCUCAUCUGCUCCAGGAACCACACGGUGAACAGCACGUGUCAUGUGAGCUGCUCUUGGGGCCUCUUCACCAUCGCCUCUGGACCCAUCACCUGUGAGAGCGACGGGCUGUGGAGCGGGCCCAGGCCAGCCUGUGCAGUUGGGAGUGGAGCUGUGUCGACCCUUUGCUGCCUCUGUUUCUGCUGGAGGCAGUACAGAAAGAGACAGAAAAACAGCCAAGAAAGACCACCUGAUGAAGACGCAAACUCCUCCAGUGCAUUGUCAGGAUAA